AUGGUCCUUCAAACUCUGAGGGGGCUGGAUUGUGGCCACUCAUUGAGCGUAAACGGUGCCCCACCAUUGGUAUUAAGAGGAAGAGUGGCCCGUCAUUGGUGUCAGUGGGAGGAAGAGUGGCCCGUCAUUGGUGUCAGUGGGAGGAAGAGUGCCUCAUUGUUUGUAUCGGGAAGGAAUAGUGCCCCAUCAUUGGUAUCAGUGGGAGGAAUAGUGUCCCAUCAUUGGUGUCAGUGGGAGGAAUAGUGCCCCAUCAUUGGUAUCAGUGGGAGGAAUAGUGCCCCAUCAUUGGUGUCAGUGGGAGGAAUAGUGCCCCAUCAUUGGUAUCAGUGGGAGGAAUAGUGUCCCAUCAUUGGUGUCAGUGGGGGGGGAAUAG